AUGACUUUGCUGUUUAUUCCAUUUAUUCUUUUACUUUCUAUUUUAUUUACCCGACUUAGUCACCCUCUUUCAAUAGGUUUAACUCUAUUGAUUCAAACUAUUUUUAUUUCCCUAACAGCCGGACUAUCUACUUAUUCCUAUUGAUUUUCAUAUAUUUUAUUUAUAAUUUUCUUAGGAGGGAUACUUGUUUUAUUUAUUUACGUUACAUCUUUAGCCUCUAAUGAACCAUUCUUUUUUUCAUGAUCAGCUCUAUCAUUUUCUUUAAUUCUUCUAUUUAUAUUAUUAACUUUAACUUUUUUUUGAGACUCUUUAAUAGGUCCUACCAUAACUCAACUACCCCUUUCCUCUUUUUCACUUAAUUCCUCAAACAUUUUUAUUAUUAGUUGAAUCUAUAGAUCUAAUCUUAUAAACUUUACACUGUAUAUCAUUCUUUAUCUUUUAUUAACUCUAGUUGUAGUAGUUAAAAUUACCAAUUUAUUUAAAGGACCUUUUCGACUCUCUCCUUAA